UGUGCCCCCGAAACGUGCAGGAGGUAGGUGCUCUUUUUGUAUUUAUAUCCUGCUCUUGUCCCGGCAUUCCCAGCACUUCACGAUUGAACGCAUCCAUCUCUUACGCUUCUCAUAUUUCAACAUGCUCAGCGUCAUCCUUGCAGGGCUAGCCGGCUCGGUCGCCGCCAUUCCUGCCUUGGCCCCUCGACAAUCUUCAAGUCAAGCCUACGCAUCAAACAACGGACUCUCUCUCGCGCUCUCCUCCAUCCAAGGCCCCGUCCUCGGUGGGGGUGGUGCGAAUGGAGAAUCAACAUGGAGUCUCUCCAUCGAUGAUACCUCGAGUGGAUACAAGCAGACCAUUACGGGAUUCGGAGGCGCCGUCACCGACUCCACCGUCACCACGUUCAAUAUGUUGGACAGCGACACGCUAUCGCAGUUAUUAAACGACCUUAUGACUUCCCAGGGUGCGAGCUUCAGUCUCCUUCGGCACACCAUUGGUGCCUCGGAUUUGUCGGGAGACCCUGCCUACACCUACGAUGACAGUGGAUCUGCGUCCAAUCCGAACCUCAACGGAUUCAACCUUGGAGGCCGGGGCAACGCCAUGGCCAACAUGCUCGCGAGUAUGAAGAAUUUGAACGGCAAUACGAAGAUUCUCGGAUCCCCGUGGAGCCCACCGGGAUGGAUGAAGCUCAACGGCGACAUCGACGGCAACACCACUUGCAACAAUCUGAACGAUGGCUAUCUCACCUCUUGCCCAGCCACCGGCCCUGAUGUCGCAUCGUACUUUGCCCAGUACUUUGUGGACUACAUCAAUGCGUACAAUAACAUUGGCGCGACCAUUGACGCCAUUACCAUUCAAAACGAGCCCUUGAACAGCCAAGCGGGCUACCCGACCAUGUACGUUUAUGCCGACGAAUCUGCGGAUCUGAUUCAAAAUUACGUUGGUCCCGCCCUGUCCAACGCAGGUCUGGGCAGCGUGCAGAUCUGGGCGCUUGACCACAACACACAAUACGAAUCGUACGCUCAAACCGUCCUCGACAACGCCGGACAAUACGUAAACACCGUCGCCUGGCAUUGUUACGACGGCCCAGACUGGUCGGUGUUGACCGAUAUCAAGAACCAAUACGGAAACGUCGAACAGUACAUGACGGAAUGCUACACCCCCCCAGCAAGCGCCGGAGCAGACGGAGCGUGGAACGCGCCGGCCAACUUCGUCAUCGGGCCACUGCAAAAUUGGGCAUCGGGGGCCAUGUCAUGGAACAUUGGUGCCCAAGAGGAGUCCGACGGCACCUUUGGCCCACACCUAGACGGCGGCUGCACCGAUUGCCAAGGCCUCGUGACGAUCAACAGCGCCUCCUCCUACACCCUCAACAACGCCUACUAUCAAAUUGCGCAGUUCAGCAAGUUUAUGCCCACCGGCGCGACGGUGCUGAAUGGGACGGGAAGCUACACUUAUUCCGAUGGUACGGGCGUCCAGUCCGUGGCGACGCUGAACCCGGAUGGCACGCGCUCGGUGGCGAUUGUGAAUAACUUCAGCAAUGCCAUUUAUGUUACCUUGGAUACGGCGAGUGGGGAGACUUGGGGCGGCAAUGUGCCGGAGCAGUCGACUACGACUUGGAUUUUGCCUGCUUCCAAUUAGUUUGAAGAGUAGCGAAUGUACAACGACUGUUAACAUCAUCCUCCCAUAACAUCCUAUUGUACGUCUUCAGCGUCGCCGGAGGUG